AUGGCAUCAGUAAAGCAGUUUAUUGAUUCGCUAGGAGAACAAGUGGACGAGCUUCCCGACAUUGAAUUAGCUGAUCUUGCUGAAGAUUCAAAAGCUCUGUGGACACGGAACAAGACAGCAGAAAACGGCAAAGCAGAUCCGAUCGAAUUUUUGAAGCGACGAAUAAUUGUAACUCAGGAAUUAGAAGGUGAUCGUUACGAAGGUCAAAGAGUAUCAUCAAAAAACGUUUUUACUGGUGAUGAUGUGUCAGAUAUAGCACAUGUAAGGCUUAAUACAAGCAGCGGUUACAAUGAAGAUCUAGUGUUAUCACCUUGGUUAUUUAUUAGAAAAUAUUUAUUUUUUGUAAAUGAUUUUUAUACAAAAGAUCUGGAAAACGAGGAAGACAGCAAUAGUAUUGAUGGUGAUAAUGUUGCCGAUAGUUCAGAUCAGGAAUCGUGUUCUGCUAACACUAGUGUUGAAAGCGAAGAGAGGAAAGAUUCUGAGCAAUUUCAAUCGAAAAGAGAUGAUGAUGCUACUAAAGGUGUAACAGCAAUUUCAAGUGAUACGCAGCGUGAGAAAGCUGAAAGUGUCCGGAAGCAAUUCGUGAUUUGGGACCGAUUGAUGCAACUGCAUAUCUUUUCACAUGCAGCAUUGAGAACAUUCAAUCAGCUUCCAAGAGAGCAACUUGCCAAGAAGUUGCAACAAUUAGCAGAUAGUGACACCAGAAAAAAUUGCAGAAUUAAAGUCGAAGAUUCAGAAGAUGAAGAAAUUGAAAGUUCGAUCGAUGAGGAAGACGGCGAUGCAAUAGAAUCCGAUGUUAAAGAUAGUGGAGGAGAAUCUGAUGUGUGCUCGUCGUAUGAAAGCAUUACAAAUGGCAACGAAGUUGUGAAGCGGCAGAUCUUAGGCAGGAGAAAAAAGCUAAUGCCGAAAGAAUUACUCAAAGAAUACGAGAAACGCCAUAAUCGAUUUGCAGCAUUUCGAUCAUCUACAUUGUCGAAAUGGGACGAUAGGACAACAUUGAGUACUAUUGAUAUAAUGAAAAACAAGAAAAGAGAUUUCAGUGGUUUUGAAUCUCUUGUACUGAAGCAGAUUGAACAGAUAAUGAGUGAAAAACACCGAUUAUUACGUAGAACUCAAGUGAAGCGACAUGAUGUCGAUAGAAUUGGAGCCGAUGAAAACAAUAAUUACGAUGCAGAAAUAUUUGACGACGAUGAUUUUUACCAACGGCUGUUGAAGGAACUUAUUGAAAGAAAGUCAGCUAAUGUGAUUGAUCCUGUGGAAAUGAGCAGACAAUGGUUAGAAAUACAGAAAUUGCGACAGAAGCGGUCGAAAAGAAAAAAAGUAGAUACGAAAGCAUCAAAGGGUCGUAAGAUACGAUAUGUCGUGAUUCCAAAAUUGGUAAAUUUCUUCCCAUCAAUGGCUGAGAAGGCAACAUGGAGUCAUGAAAAAAGAAAUCAGUUAUUUAAAACUGCUGACACUGGACUUUCAGUAUUGACGAAUGUUUUAUCAUAA